CCAGUCGGUAACAUUAUUAUCCUAGUGUGCAUCUCUGAAACUAGCUAGCUAGUAGCCGCUAAACAUGGCUACAGUUCUCCCACCCAGACCUUGCGAUAGCAACCCUGCGACCCCGGGAGCGCAGUCUAUAAAGGUAAACUUGGCAAAUAUAUCUUAACACAAUAUACACAUUGCUGGCCAUAUACAUGCUAAUAAUGUGUUGAAGACAACAUGCUAAGGUGCGCGCUAACGAAAACACAUCAACCUCAAACUCCUUUGUUGUCAUCAAACCUACCGCCGUUUCGCUAGUUAGCUAACUUUAUAAAUAUUUACAAAUUACAAUUUAAUACAGUAGUAGGCCACGUUAGUUACUAGUUUUAUUCAGCGUUGUUGAACGCAUGACACUUGUUAUGUAGAUUAUUGUUAGCUAUGUUACUAUAUGGGGGAGAUCGAUGUGUUGUAAAUUGUGUCGUUGUUAACUAACGUUAACGACUAGGAAUACCUAGCGUUACUAGCUAGUUAUCCAUACCGUUAGCUAACUAACUUGCUUAGCUAGCAUAGUGUCUCGCUAUCUAGCUAGAUACUUAACUAGCUGUUUAGUGUGCCAGUAUAUCAUAGUUUUUGUUUACAUCGUGUCUCAUUAGACUUCUGUCCAAGUCCAAUGCUCCUUGUUUUGCCUCUAGGCUUGCCUAAUAAAUCAGACUGUGAUACCAAUUAUUGGUAUACCGUCUGAAACAAAGCACUGCAAAAACUUGGAAAGUUUCCUUACAAGGUAGAAUGUUAAAUACAUUUACUCGACCAGUUGUCUGUGCAGACGGUCGAAAUUGGAGACAAAAUAUCCACAGGAGGGCCUCCCGAGCGGUCUAAGGCACUGCAGUGCUUGAGGCGUCACUAUAGCCCUGAGUUCGAUUCCAGGCUGCAGCCUGUCACAGCCGACCAUGACUGGGAGACCCAUGAGGCGGAGCACAAUUGGCCCAGCGUCAUCCGGGUUAGGGGAGGGUUUGACCGGCCGGGAUUUCCUUGUCCCAUCGCGCUCUAGCGACUCCUUGUGGCAGGCCGGGCGCCUGCAAGCUGAAAUCGGUAGCCAGUUGGACGGCGUUUCCUCCGACACAUUGGUGCGGCUUGCUUCCGGGUUAAGCGAGCAGUGUGUCAAGAAGCAGUGCGGCUUGGCAGGGUUGUGUUUCGGAGGAUGCAUGACUCUCGACCUUCACCUCUCCCGAGUCUGUAGGAGAGUUGCAGCGAUGGGACAAGACUGACUACCAAUUGGAUAUCAUGACAAUUGGGGAGAAAGGGGGUAAAAGUAAAUAAAUAAAAUAAAAAAACAUCCACAGGAAAGUAUUAUUUACUUGACUUUUUAGAGCGCUGGUACUGCUAUUAAAGUCUAUCACCUGGCACAUGCGCAAAACCAUGUAAACACCUGCAAGACUUGGGAUAGUAUGAAUGCAUCGCAAGCAUAUUCUUCCGUCUUGUGCACGUGCCUUGGGUCAUGACCAAACAAAUUCUUGAUUGCCACACAGAGACCUGCGUUUGGAAGUCAGUUUAAUAAUUAUUUACUGUGGAUAUUUUGUCUUAAAUUACAACCAGUUGAAGGACCAACCCCAUGGACAAUCGUCAGAUUAAGUUAAAAUUUGAUUCAACAUUCGUGACAGACAAGGGACGUUCUAUGUAAAUGUGCGCGGCUAUGCGGUACAGACAAUGGAGGGCAUCACUACAAUUGGGACUAGGCCUACCUCAAGGCUAGCCACAGGAGGUUGGUGGCACCUUAAUUGGGGAGGACGGGCUUGUGGAAAUGGCUGGAGAGGAAUAAGUGGAAUGGUAUCAAAUACACAGAACAUGUUCAUGCCAUUCCAUUUGCUCCGUUCCAGACAUUAUUAUGAGCCGUCCUCCCCUCAGCAGCCUCCACUGGCUAGCCCAAUAAUGGACUUAAUGAGACUAAUGUUACUUCUUAUAGUCCAAGGACCUUACGUGUUCUGCUUCGAGGCGAAUUGGCUUUGUCAGGCACAAUUGAUAAAACUCCAUCUAAAUGUGAAUGUAUUCUCAAUUGCGGUACAGUCCUAUAAACAUAAAGCCCUUUACUUUCAUAUCACAUCAAAAUAAUUUCACAAAUGCAAAAUAUACACUUACUGUUAAGUAGUUUCAACACAGUUGCAGCCAACAGUAUUUUUCAGUGACCAGGUUUAUGGUAUCAGUCUUCCGUUUACACACAGGUGUUUGGAGACGCAGAUGGCUAAUUAGAACAGCUAGUGGUAUCAGUCUUCCAUCGGUUUAAUGUAAACAAGCGCUGCAACAUGGAAAUAUGGCAAUGUGGGAACCCUAACCCUAUAAAGAUGUGUAGUAGGGAUGUGACAAAUUUACAAAUUUUCUUAACUUUUAAAACGGCCCUUUUCUAUAUCGGGUUUUCGUUAAAACGAUAGAACGUUUCAUAAAAUUCCAUGCGCAUUCACAAUGCAGCUGCGCUACUGCCAGCAACGGGUUGGGUCUCACGGUGCGUCCUUUUCAGAUGGUUAAGCAUUGCACCUGUACUACCAUUACUGUACCUCAAUUCCACCUCGCAAAGUUAGCAUUUCCUUCUCAUGUACCUUCUCAAAGUAUUGCCAUACAGGACUUUGCUGCUAUCGCUUGCCUUUCUCUGCCAUUUUUCCAACUGUUAACGACGUAGUCAUGGAGCGUCGACUCCAAAAUAAUUGAUUCCUCCUUGCACGUCGACUCCCAUUUCUGAGUGUCAAGAUUAGAUUCGUAAGGAAUCGACUCUUAAGAUGCAGUAUUUUUGGAACGGAGGAGACUGAUUUAGUUGCCAAGACUGAACACACACAAAGAGAAAGAGCACGGGUGUAAUCAUUAGUCGAAACAGUUGCAAAACUUUUUGCAACUAAAAGGAGAGUUUCUAUUGGACAAUAGCAGGUAGGUCUCUCCCUCCCCGUUUCAUUCGGUUUGCUUUCGCUUAAGAUACAUUUUGCAACAGAAUCUGUGUAAUGAAUAUGCCCCAGGCAAGCCAGCGCGAGGGAGAGCGAGGAGGGGGCAGGCAGAAAAAAGCGUGGUGCGCAUAUGUCUUGGUAAUCUAUCUUGCAUGCCUUGCAAAUUCACCAAAGUAGCCUAAAAUUCUAUUUAAAUUACACAACUUUCCCCGGCCUUUAUAGCCUAUUGUCUAGUUAGGCUUUAACACGGAAAAUAAUAUGUUUUGUGGUAACUGCACUGCCAUAAACAUUUCGUGGGGAAACGUUUAGGAUUUUUCUUAACGUUAAGGACCACAAGUUUUGACGUUUAAACGUUCACACCCCUAGUGUGUGGUAAUUUAACCUUAAAAAAAUAUAUAUAUAUUUAUCGCUGAUAAGAAAGAUCUGUUCCUUCUGUUUCCAAAACCAUACCGCAAGAGAUGCGUGUUAAUGUUUAGAACAAGCGUCGGGGCUCUUGACAAAACUCCCCUGGCCAGAAGAUACUAUCAUCAAUAGAUGCUAAAGGGACAGUGCCUUCAGAAAGUAUUCAUACCCCUUGACUUAUUCCACAUUUUGUUGUGUUACAGCCUGAAUUCAAAAUGGAUUAAAUCUAUUUUUUUCUCUCACCUAUCUACACAGAAUACCCCAUAAUGACAAAGAGAAAACAUGUUUUGUGAUAUUUUACAUACAGUUGAAGUUGGAAGUUUACAUACACUUAGGUUGGAGUCAUUAAAAGUCGUUUUUCAACUACUCCACAAAUUUCUUGUUAACAAACUAUAAGUUUGGCAAGUCGGUUAGGACAUCUACUUUGUGCAUGACACAACAAUUGUUUACAGACAGAUUAUUUCACUUAUAAUUCACUGUAUCACAAUUCCAGUGGGCCAGAAGUUUACAUACACUAUGUUGACUGUGCCUUUAAACAGCUUGGAAAAUUCAGGAAAAUUAUGUCAUGGCUUUAGAAGCUUCUGAUAGGCUAAUUGACGUCAUUUGAGUCAAUUGGAGGUGUACCUGUGGAUGUAUUUCAAGGCCUACCUUCAAACUCAGUGCCUCUUUGCUUAACAUCAUGGGAAAAUCAAAAUAAAUCAGCCAAGACCUCAGAAAAUAAAUUGUGGACCUCCACAAGUCUGGUUCAUCCUUGGGAGCAAUUUCCAAACGCCUGAAGGUACCACGUUCAUCUGUACAAACAAUAGUACGCAAGUAUAAACACCAUGGGACCACACAGCCGUCAAUACCGCUCAGGAAGGAGACGCGUUCUGUCUCCUAGAGAUUAACGUACUUUGGUGUGAAAAGUGCAAAUCAAUCCCAGAACAACAGCAGAGGACCUUGUGAAGAUGCUGGAGAAAACGGGUACAAAAGUAUCUAUAUCCACAGUAAAACGAGUCCUAUAUCGACAUAACCUGAAAGGCCGCUCAACAAGGAAGAAGCCACUGCUCCAAAACCGCCAUAAAAAAACCAGACUACGGUUUGCAACUGCACAUGGGGACAAAGAUCGUACUUUUUGGAGAAAUGUCCUCUGGUCUGAUUAAACAAAAAUAUAACUGUUUGUCCAUAAUGACCAUUGUUAUGUUUGGAGGAAAAGGGGAGUAGCUUGCAAGCCGAAGAACACCAUCCCAACCGUGAAGCACGGGGGUGGCAGCAUCAUGCUGUGGGGGUGCUUUGCUGCAGGAGGGACUGGUGCACUUCACAAAAUAGAUGGCAUCAUGAGGAAGGAAAAUGAUGUGUAUAUAUUGAAGCAACAUCUCAAGACAUCAGUCAGGAUGUUAAAGCUUGGUCGCAAAUGGGUCUUCCAAAUGGACAAUGACCCCAAGCAUACUUCCGAAGUUGUGGCAAAAUGGCUUAAGGACAACAAAGUCAAGGUAUUGGAGUGGCCAUCCAAAGCCCUGACCUCAAUCCUAUAGAAUAUUUGUGGGCAGAACUGAAAAAGUGUGUGCGAGCAAGGAGGCCUACAAACCUGACUCAGUUACACAAGCUCUGUCAGGAGGAAUGGGCCAAAAUUCACCCAACUUAUUGUGUGAAGCUUAUGGAAGGCUACCCGAAACGUUUGACCCAAGUUAAACAAUUUAAAGGCAAUGUUACCAAAUACUAAUUGAGUGUACAUUUUUACUAGGAUUAAAUGUCAGAAAUGGUGAAAAACAGAGUUUAAAUGUAUUUGGCUAAGGUGUAUGUAAACUUCCGACUUCAACUGUAAGUAUUCACGUCUGAGUCAAUACAUGUUAAAAUCACCUUUGGCAGCGAUUACAGCUGUGAGUCUUUCUGGGUAAGUCUAAGAGCUUUGCAGUUUGCACAUCUGGAUUGUACAACAUUUGCACAUUAUUCCUUUUAAAAUUCUUCAAGCUCUGUCAAUUGGUUGUUGAUCAUUGCUAGACAGCCAUUUUCAAGUCUUGCCAUAGAUUUUCAAGCCGAUUUUUAAGUCAAAACUGUAGCUAGGCCACUCAGGAACAUUCAAUGUCGUCUUGGUAAGCAACUCCAGUGUAUAUUUAGCCUUAUGUUUUAGGUUAUUGUCCUGCUGAAAGGUUAAUUUGGCUCCAAGUGUAUGUUGGAAAACAGACUGAACCAGGUUUUCCUCUAGGAUAUUGCCUGUGCUUAGUUCUAUUACGUUUAUUUUUAUCCUAAAAAACUGCUUAGCCCUUGCUGAUGACAAGCAUACCGAUAACAUGAUGCAGCCACCACCAUGCUUGAAAAUAUAACAUUUUGUAUUCAGUACAUGAAGUUAAUUUCUUUGCCAUAUUUUUUCGCAGUUUUACUUUAGUGCCUUAUUGCAAGCAGGAUGCAUGUUUUGGAAUAUUGCUAUUCUGUACAGGCUUCCUUCUUUUCACUCUGUCAUUUAGGUUAGUAUUGUGGAGAAACUACAAUGUUAUUGAUCCAUCCUCAGUUUUCUCCUAUCAUAACCAUUAAACUCUGUUUUAAAGUCACCAUUGGCCUCAUGUUGAAAUCCCUGUGCGGUUUCCUUCCUCUCUGGCAACUGAGUUUGGACGCCUGUAUCUUUGUAGUGUCUAGGUGUAUUGAUACACCAUCCAAAGUGUAAUUCAUAACUUCACCAUGCUCAAAGGGAUAUUCAAUGUCUGCUUUAUUUAAAUGUACCCAUCUACCAAUAGGUGCCCUUCUUUGCGAGGCAUUGGAAAACCUCCCUGGUCUUUGUGGUUGAAUCUGUGUUUGAAAUUCACUGCUCGACUGAGGGACCUUGCAGAUAAUUGUAUGUGUGGAGUACAAAGAUGACGUAGUCAUUAAAAAAAUUAUGUUAAACACUAUUAUUGCACACAGAGUGAGUCCAUGCAACUUAUGUGACUUGUUAAGGAUAUUUUUUACUCCUGAACGUAUUAAGGCUUGGUAUAACAAAGGCGUUGAAUACUUAUUGACUCAAGAUUUUUCAGCGUUUCAUUUUUAAUUCAUUUGUACACAUUUCUUAAAACAAUUCCACUUCGAUAUUAUGGGGAAUUAUGUGUGUAGGCCAAUAACACAACAUCCACCUGGCUACCCCUUCCCCGGCCACCAGCUCUGCACCCUCCGCUGCAACUUGCCCAUGCCCCCCCCCCCCCCCCGUGCUGGUCAUGGGUGCACCUCAGCCACGCUCAAGGUCCUAAACAAUAUAAUAACCGCGAUCGAUAAAAGACAGUCCUGUGCAGCCGUCUUCAUCGACCUGGCUUUUGACUCUGUCAAUCUCCGCAUUCUUAUUGGCAGACUAAAUAGCCUUGGUUUCUCAAAUGACUGCCUCGCCUGGUUCACCAACUACUUCUCAGAUUGAGUUCAAUGUGUCAAAUCGGAGGGCCUGUUGUCUGGACCUCUGGCAGUCUCUAUGGGGGUGCCACAGGGUUCAAUUCUCGGGCCGACUCUAUUCUCUGUGUAUAUCAAUGACGUCGCUCUUGCUGCUGGUGACUCUCAGAUCCACCUCUACGCAGACGACACCAUUUUGUAUACAUCUGGCCCUUCAUUGGACACUGUGUUAACAAACCUACAAACAAGCUUCAAUGCCAUACAACACUCCUUCCGUGGCCUCCAACUGCUCUUAAACGCUAGUAAAACUAAAUGCAUGCUCUUCAAUCGAACGCUGCUUGCACCCGCCCGCCCGACUAGAAUCACCACUCUCGGCGGGUCUGACUUAGAAUAUGUGGACAACUACAAAUACCUAGGUGUCUGGUUAGACCGUAAACUCUCCUUCCAGACUCACAUUAAGCAUCUCCAAUCCAAAGUUAAAUCUAGAAUCGGCUUCCUAUUUCGCAACAAAGCCUCCUUCACUCAUGCUGCCAAACAUGCCCUCGUAAAACUGACUAUCCUACCGAUCCUUGACUUCGGCGAUGUCAUUUACAAAAUACACUACUCAGCAAAUUGGAUGUAGUCUAUCACAGUGCCAUCCGUUUUGUCACCAAAGCCCCAUAUACUACCCACCAUUGUGACCUGUACACUCUCGUUGGCUGGCCCUCACUACAUAUUCGUCGCCAAACCCACUGGCUCCAGGUCAUCUAUAAAUCACUUCUAGGCAAAUCCCCGCCUUAUCUUAGCUCAUUGGUCACCAUAGCAACACCCACCCGUAGUAUGUGUUCCAGCAGGUAUAUCUCACUGGUCAUCCCCAAAGCCAACACCUCCUUUGGCCGCCAUUCCUUCCAGUUCUCUGCUGCCAAUGACUGGAACGAACUGCAAAAAUCUCUGAAGCUGGAGACACUUAUCUCCCUCACUAACUUUAAGCAUCAGUUGUCAGAGCAGCUUACCGAUCACUGCACCUGUACACAGCCCAUCUGUAAUCCUAUUUAUUGCCUUACCUCCAUAACUUACUACAUUUGCACACACUGUAUAUAGAUUUUCUAUUGUGUUAUUGACUGUACGUUUUGUUUUUGUUUAUUCCAUAUGGAACUCUGUGUUGUUUUUAUCGCACUGCUUUGCUUUAUCUUGGCCAGGUCGCAGUUGUAAAUGAGAACUUGUUCUCAACUGGCUUACCUGGUUAAAUAAAGGUGAAAAAAAAAACAACUCAUUUAAUCCAUUUAAAUUUCAGGCUGUAACACAACAAAAUGUGGAGAAAUUCAAGGGGUUUGAAUACCUUCUGAAGGCACUAUAGUUGGCAUCUAUGAAUGUGUUACCUCUAGGCUUGCUAUUUACAUUUAAAAAAAAAACAUUUUAGUAAUUUAGCAGACGCUCUUAUCCAGAGCGACUUACAGUAGGUUGUGAGGCCGGUUGGAUGUACUGCCAAAUGUUCUAAAACUACUUAUGGUAGAGAAAUUAACAUUAAAUUAUUUGGCAAUAGCUCUGGUGGACAUUCCUGCAGUCAGCAUGCCAAUUGCACAUUCCCUCAACUUGAGACAUACUGUAUGUGGCAUUGUGUUGUGACAAAACUGCACAUUUUAGAGUGGGCUUUUGUCCCCAGCACAAGGUGCACCUGUGUAAAGAUCAUGAUGUUUAAUCAGUGCCUUGAUAUGCCAGACCUGUCAGGUAGAUGGAUUAUCCUGGUAAAGGAGAAAUGCUCACUAACAGGGAUGUAAACAAAUUUGUGCACAACAUUUGAGAGAAAAAUAAGCUUUUUGUGUGUAAUGAACAUUUCUGGGAUCUUUUAUUUCAGCUCAUGAAACAUGAGACCAUUUUACAUGUUGCAUUUACAUUUUUGUUCAGUGUAGGAAAUUAACUCACCCCUUGAGAUCUGAAAACAUCCAACAAACUUUUAUUCUGUAGAGAACUAUUAACUUUAACAAGUAAUACUUAAGGUGUUUUGUAUAUCCUAACUGUAUUUUUAGGAUGACAUUGAGGAAGUGUCCAAUGAUGGCAGUCAAGCUCCAAAAAGGCGGCGCAUGGGUUCAGGCGACAGUUCCAGAAGUUGCGACACCUCCAGUCAGGAACUUGGGUAUGUGGUAAGGUCGUAUCUGAAGGCGUAGAUAGACAUAUUUGCAUCACUACUUCCUAAUAGACCACGCCCAAUGCCCAAUCCCCAAUACAAACACUUAGGCUGUUUUUUCACAGGCAGCCCAAUUCUGAUAUUUAUUUUCACUAAUUGGUCUUUUGACCAAUCACAUCAGAUCUUUUCACAUAGAUCUUUUUCAGAGCUGAUCUGAUUGGUCAAAAUACCAAUUAGUGAAAGAAAUAUCAGAAUUGGACUGGUCUAAACGCAGCCUACGUGUCUAACAUAGGCUUAAGACUUUACCCUGCUCUUAACCUUUCAGUCAUACGUGCGUUUCCCCAGGGUCACAUACUUCUCAGCAGAAAAUCUGACCGAGUACAGGUGGCCCUCAGAUGGCAGUGGGGAGUACUAUAUGUUGCAAGAACAAGUCAGUGAAUAUCUGGGAGUGACUUCAUUCAAGCGAAAAUAUCCAGGUAAUGUGGCUUAACGUUUGGCAUAUAUGCUGUAGGAUCAUUGUGUGUCAAUUUGAUGAUUAGGCUAAUAGGAUAUAACGAGUCUAUCGGUAUGCUAUACUGAUGUUAAACUGGUCACUCUCUGGCUAACCAUGCUUUAUCUUAAUAAUAUAUGCCAUUUAGCAGACGCUUUUAUCCAAAGCAACUUAGUCAUACGUGUAUACAUUUAUACACCCACUACACUGGCGUUACAAGCUCGAUGUUCAACCAACUGAGCUACAAAGGACCAUCAAAGGAAAUAAACCUUCAGGCUUUGUUUAUAUCGUCAAUUUUUUUAUAUAUGUAAUGUUGUCUCUGGUUGGAGCAGCCUACUACUUUUAAUUAUCCAAUAAAUUCAAUAAAUUAUUCUUUUAGAUUUGGAAAGGAGAGACCUCUCCCACAAGGAGAAGCUAUAUCUGAGGGAGCAAAAUGUCAUCACCGAGACACAGUGCACCUUGGGUGAGAACUUAGAAACAUGGAGUUGUUGCGUAAUCAGGAAGAGCUUGGGCCAAAGCCAUCCCAAUAGUUGUUUUGGGGAAUUAGGCCACUCCUUACAGUGGGGAAAAAAGUAUUUAGUCAGCCACCAAUUGUGCAAAUUCUCCCACUUAAAAAGAUGAGAGAGGCCUGUAAUUUUCAUCAUAGGUACACGUCAACUAUGACAGACAAAAUGAGGGAAAAAAAUCCAGAAAAUCACAUUGUAGGAUUUUCAAUGAAUUUAUUUGCAAAUGAUGGUGGAAAAUAAGUAUUUGGUCAAUAACAAAAGUUUCUCAAUACUUUGUUAUAUACCCUUUGUUGGCAAUGACACAGGUCAAACGUUUUCUGUAAGUCUUCACAAGGUUUUCACACACUGUUGCUGGUAUUUUGGCCCAUUCCUCCAUGCAGAUCUCCUCUAGAGCAGUGAUGUUUUGGGGCUGUCGCUGGGCAACACAGACUUUCAACUCCCUCCAAAGAUUUUCUAUGGGGUUGAGAUCUGGAGACUGGCUAGGCCACUCCAGGACCUUGAAAUGCUUCUUACGAAGCCACUCCUUCGUUGUCCGGGCGGUGUGUUUGGGAUCAUUGUCAUGCUGAAAGACCCAGCCACGUUUCAUCUUCAAUGCCCUUGCUGAUGGAAGGAGGUUUUCACUCAAAAUCUCACGAUACAUGGCCCCAUUCAUUCUUUCCUUUACACUGAUCAGUCGUCCUGGUCCCUUUGCAGAAAAGCAGCCCCAAAGCAUGAUGUUUCCACCCCCAUGCUUCACAGUAGGUAUGGUGUUCUUUGGAUGCAACUCAGCAUUCUUUGUCCUCCAAACACGACGAGUUGAGUUUUUACCAAAAAGUUAUAUUUUGGUUUCAUUUGACCAUAUGACAUUCUCCCAAUCCUCUUCUGGAUCAUCCAAAUGCACUCUAGCAAACUUCAGACGGGCCUGGACAUGUACUGGCUUAAGCAGGGGGACACGUCUUGCACUGCAGGAUUUGAGUCCCUGGCGGCGUAGUGUGUUACUGAUGGUAGGCUUUGUUACUUUGGUCCCAGCUCUCUGCAGGUCAUUCACUAGGUCCCCCCGUGUGGUCUGGGAUUUUUGCUCACCGUUCUUGUGAUCAUUUUGACCCCACAGGGUGAGAUCUUGCGUGGAGCCCCAGAUCGAGGGAGAUUAUCAGUGGUCUUGUAUGUCUUCCAUUUCCUAAUAAUUGCUCCCACAGUUGAUUUCUUCAAACCAAGCUGCUUACCUAUUGCAGAUUCAGUCUUCCCUGCCUGGUGCAGGUCUACAAUUUUGUUUCUGGUGUCCUUUGACAGCUCUUUGGUCUUGGCCAUAGUGGAGUUUGGAGUGUGACUGUUUGAGGUUGUGGACAGGUGUCUUAUAUACUGAUAACAAGUUCAAACAGGUGCCAUUAAUACAGGUAACGAGUGGAGGACAGAGAAGCCUCUUAAAGAAGAAGUUACAGGUCUGUGAGAGCCAGAAAUCUUGCUUGUUUGUAGGUGACCAAAUACUUAUUUUCCACCAUAAUUGCAAAUAAAUUCAUUAAAAAUCCUACAAUGUGAUUUUCUGGAUUUUUUUUCCUCAAUUUGUCUGUCAUAGUUGACGUGUACCUAUGAUGAAAAUUACAGGCCUCUCUCAUCUUUUUAAGUGGGAGAACUUGCACAAUUGGUAGCUGACUAAAUACUUUUUUUCCCCACUGUACCUUGAAACUGUAUACAUUUAAGUAAUUGUGAAUCUCUUUUUCCAGGCUUGACUGCUUUACGAAGUGAUGAAGUAAUUGAUUUGAUGAUCAAGGAGUACCCGGGCAAGCAUGCUGAGUAUUCUGUCAUCCUCCAAGAGAGGGAGCGCCAGAGGAUAGCAAAAGAGUACUCUGUAAGUACUCUCAGUUCAGAGCGUAUCACUAAUGUUAGUAUGCUCCGCAAGAUUGACACAUUUUAGUUGACUCAAAGUUACAGUUUCGUCUUUGCUUAUUUUUUAUUUUUUUAUACACUGCUCAAAAAAAUAAAGGGAACACUAAAAUAACACAUCCUAGAUCUGAAUGAAUGAAAUAAUCUUAUUAAAUACUUUUUUCUUUACAUAGUUGAAUGUGCUGACAACAAAAUCACACAAAAAGUAUCAAUGGAAAUCAAAUGUAUCAACCCAUGGAGGUCUGGAUUUGGAGUCACCCUCAAAAUUAAAGUGGAAAACCACACUACAGACUGAUCCAACUUUGAUGUAAUGUCCUUAAAACAAGUCAAAAUGAGGCUCAGUAGUGUGUGUGGCCUCCACGUGCCUGUAUGACCUCCCUACAACGCCUGGGCAUGCUCCUGAUGAGGUGGCGGAUGGUCUCCUGAGGGAUCUCCUCCCAGACCUGGACUAAAGCAUCCGCCAACUCCUGGACAGUCUGUGGUGCAACGUGGCGUUGGUGGAUGGAGCGAGACAUGAUGUCCCAGAUGUGCUCAAAACCUGUCAUGCUGGAGGAUGUUGCAGGCAGCAGAACGUUCUCCACGGCGUCUCCAGACUCUGUCACGUCUGUCACAUGUGCUCAGUGUGAACCUGCUUUCAUCUGUGAAGAGCACAGGGCGCCAGUGGCGAAUUUGCCAAUCUUGGUGUUCUCUGGCAAAUGCCAAACGUCCUGCACGGUGUUGGGCUGUAAGCACAACCCACACCUGUGGACGUCGGGCCCUCAUACCACCCUCAUGGAGUCUGUUUCUGACCGUUUGAGCAGACACAUGCACAUUUGUGGCCUGCUGGAGGUCAUUUUGCAGGGCUCUGGCAGUGCUCCUCCUGCUCCUCCUUGCACAAAGGCGGAGGUAGCAGUCCUGCUGCUGGGUUUUUGCCCUCCUACGGCCUCCUCCACGUCUCCUGAUGUACUGGCCUGUCUCCUGGUAGCGCCUCCAUGCUCUGGACACUACGCUGACAGACACAGCAAACCUUCUUGCCACAGCUCGCAUUGAUGUGCCAUCCUGGAUGAGCUGCACUACCUGAGCCACUUGUGUGGGUUGUAGACUCCGUCGUCUCAUGCUACCACUAGAGUGAAAGCACAGCCAGCAUUCAAAAGUGACCAAAACAUCAGCCAGGAAGCAUAGGAACUGAGAAGUGGUCUGUGGUCACCACCUGCAAAACCAGUCCUUUAUUGGGGGUGUCUUGCUAAUUGCCUAUCAUUUCCACCUGUUGUCUAUUCCAUUUGCACAACAGCAUGUGAAAUGUAUUGUCAAUCAGUGUUGCUUCCUAAUUGGACAGUUUGAUUUCACAGAAGUGUGAUUGACUUGGAGUUACAUUGUGUUGUUUAAGUGUUCCCUUUAUUUUUUUGAGCAGUGUAGCUUUGGUGUGGAUGAUAAAUGGGAGUGUAAAUGCAUAUUACAACAGUCUUUGACUUGAGUUUCCAGAUUAUAUUUUCACUCACAGUACAUUAACUGUUGACAUGAUUAUUCAAUAUGUUGCGGUGGUAACAUUUUUAUUUUUUAUUUUUUUAUAUCUCCUAGAAAAUGCAGCAACAAAACCAUCAGAAGGUUGAAGCCAGUAAAGUGCCAGAGUACAUAAAGAAAGCUGCCAAGAAAGCUGCUGAGUUCAACAGUAACUUCAACAGGGAAAGGAUGGAAGAGAGAAGGGCAUAUUUUGACCUUCAGACACAUGUACGUUAAUACCUUAAAUAUACAUAUAUAGGCUUAGUAGUCAUACAUAUUUUGUAUGUGUUUAUAAGAACUCACACUUGUUCAUGUUUGAGGAGAUACAGUAUAUCAGUACAUUGAUAAACUGUAUUACUUAUUUAUGUGGAUAUGAACGUGUAAUUGAAGUAAGUUUCAACUAACUUUCUAACAGAUUAUCCAAGUACCCCAAGGGAGGUAUAAAGUCCUUCCCCCAGAGAGAACCAAGACUGGACCCUAUCCAGUGGCCCUCAUCCCUGGGCAGUUCCAGGACUAUUACAAAAGGUACGGUUCACUAACCAAAAAACUAGUCUUCAUGAAUGAGGUCCUGACCUCUAAAGAUGUUUGAAUAGCUGAUAAAUUGAUGUUCCUGUGUUUGAUACAGGUACUCUCCCAACGAACUGCGCUACUUGCCCCUGAACACAGCCCUGUUCGAGCCCCCACUGGACCCGGAGCUGCCUGCCCUGGACAGCGAUGGGGAUUCGGAUGACGCAGAUGAAAACAAGGGUGAAGAGGGCAAGAAAAAUUCAGUAAGGAACUGGAUUCUGGAAAUGUUUUUACACACUUCACUUGAUUUCAGAGCUAGAGAUGCAAUGACAAUGAAAUGCCUAGAGAUGCUUUGUAAGUUGACUUCUAUGUAAACUCCAUGGCAGCUUGCUUGAAUAGUAAGAACUGAAUUGUGUUUACAGGACAGCUCAUCUGGAAACACUUCAGAUGGGGACAGUCAGCACAGUGGAGUGCAGUCAAAGGGCAAGGCCAAGGACAGGACUGCCACCCCGGCUAAAGAUGCCACCCCACGCCCCAACCAACACAAAUCUGUCCCUGGGUACAAGGUAGAAGAAAAAAGCCCCUGACUUUCUCCAACAGCACUUCUCUUCCCUUUCCCCUACUCUGCCACCUCUUCCAGCUUCUUCAGCACUUUCAGUAGAGAGACCCUCCUUUGUCCCCACCCCGAUUUCUGGCCCUGUCACUCCUAACAGACACAUUAACACUCCACCAGUUGGCAAUAAUUCUCUCUUGUGGCAGCACUCUGCCUUCCCUUUCCAAUUGGUCCAGUUUGGUUGUGAACCGACCCUAUGGUUAAAGAGACAUUCCGGAUCUUUGGCGACUACUUAAGUAUUUUUUAAACCUCCCGCUUUGGGCUGGAUGUGUCAAUGUGUAGUUCAUACAUGCAUAAUCUAUGAGAAAAAUUACUGUCUUACCUCAAUUGGCCACAAAAUCCCUAGUUUGAAAGCAACUGUUUUCUGGAAGCUGUUUUGCCAUUUUGAGCACUGCAGGCUUGACCCACGUGGGUCAGCCCCCUAGCAAUUAGAGUUCCAGCCAAUCUGCUUCAGCCCCUUGCCAUUUUGAGUGACAGCUAGUAAGAUGCACAUUGACGAGUUGCACAGUGAAAGAAGAAGGCUGUCCUAGCCCAGCCCAGCGUUAUCCAAUGAGGUUGCAGGAUGGGCCCAACGGCUCAGUGACACAGCAGAGAGAGAGAGAGAGAGAGAGAGAGCAAUGACGUACUGCACAUGUAAGCAGUUUUAGGGGACCCGCUCUGGCUCUUGAGCGUUACUUUCAGAACUACUGGCUAAAAAGUGCAAAUCUUCCGGAAAGUCUCUUUAAAACAGUGAUGGUUCCAUACCAACCGUAUGGUUAAUACACUGAUGGUGCCAUAUCAACCAUAUGGUUAAAAAACUGAUGGUUCCAUAUCAGACUUUAUGAGCAAUAACAUUUUGGAGUAGUUCUGUCACAUCUGGGACUUGUUCUUCACUGCACUUUUGAUUGGUCUUAAAGACUUAUACAUUUUUUACCCUAUUCUUUGAAUGUCUUAAUAUACCUCUUUUCUGUGUACUUAGCAACAGGCUAAUUAAGACGAGAGCAGUUACAGUAUAUUUGGCUGCUAGAUUCAUUGUUUUUAAACAACAUAUUUCUUAUGAUACAGACUUUAUAAGAUGCAUACAUUUUAUUUAGUAGUAGCACUAAAAUUACGUUAAUACUUGAGUGUUUGAAAGUUUUAUAAUUCAAGUUAUAUCUGUGUAUAUUAGUAUGCUUUUAAACCAGUAUUCUUGUGCCGUUAUUCUAUAACGGUUGUUUGAUAUUACCUUACAGACUGUUCUUUGUUUAUUAUGAGACUGGAGAACACAAUGUCAGUGUGCCAGAGGCCUGUUAAUACACAUUCUAUAUGUUGGCUUUUUUACUUUCGGUUGCCUCUGAAAUGUAUUGUUGUGUUAAGUUUAAAUUAUUGAUUAGUGGCAUUUCCGGGAUCAACAUGAUUUACUUUCUGUCAAUCUGGCAAUUUACUCUCAUCUGUUUUACUGCAAGGGCAACAUGGCAGAUUAAUACAAUUUAGUUUGCCAAAAACGACAGCAAGAGCAGUAAGCACAAAUAUACAUAGCUUGUCAUGGUAUGACUAGUAUUACUACACCACAAACACCAUAUCAUACAUCAGGAUUUGAUCAUUGGUCAUUGAUGGAUGUGGAGAGCUCAUAACUUUCCACAGGGAUGGAGUUGUCUGUUACGUUUCCAAUCAGCAUGUUUCCGAAGGGAAUUAGAAUUAUUUAUUUUGAGUGCACACCACACUUUUAAACCAAACUUUGUAAAACUUUUAUCUACUUACCCUCCAUUUAAUUUUAGGUAUGUAAUGCAUCAUAGAUGUGUUCAGAAUGUAACUAUAACUUUCCAAUAUCGGUGCUCAUUGAAUUUAAGACUGAAGCCGAUACAGAUACAAUACUUGCAGAAUAAUUUACCCAACCUAUUAUUGUCGCCAUAGAGAACAUGGCCUUAAAGUUUACUUUAUUAUAAUUUUAAUGUAAGGUAGAGUUCAGGAACUGUACAAGAAAUUGAUUAUUUUCAGAAUCAUAAUGGUAUAAAUUGCUUGUGUUGGCACUACACUGCAGGGGUAGCCAUCUGAAGUCUAACAGAAAAUAUGUAACCCUUUCUUUCUUCUUGUUUUGCACCAGUCAAAUGAAACAUUUCAGGAUGGCAACACCAAACAGGUUGACAUUUUAAAAAUAGAUAUUUCCAUGAACACACAGCCUACUUCAUACUCAUUGGCUGUAUUCUCCCAAUUGCUUGCACACAUUCCCAAUAUUUGUGCAGACUGUGCACCUAAGUAGGUACAGUUUAUGUUGAUCCUUCAAAGCUCAAUUUGUUCCUGACUUGUAUACGUCUCUCUCUUAGAAUUUCAUGUGUCUUACGUGUUUGAUUUGAGUGCAAUGGCUUAAAGUUGUCCCUUUGAUUGUCAUACCUUCCUUUGGCUAAAUCUUUGUUCUCCUAGUUUAGCUGGCACCCCUCUUUCUGUGAUGACAUCUUAUAUUCAAUUAGCUGUAUCCUUUAUUAACUUAACUGUGUGUCUCAAACCUCCGGUUCGCCCUUCCACGUUUCGUUGUUUGUUUCUUAGAAAGGCUUUAACUGCUCUUAUCUAAUACAAUACUUUUUAUGUAGGAAAACGUUUGAUAUGUCAGUAUUUAGACACAGUUAACCAUUGAAAUAAAGAUUUCAAACAAAUAGACUGUACAGAGAUGUUUUGAUUGUGUUAGCAGCAAUCCUGUAAUGAAAUAUCUGCAGGGAAAGAGGAGUUUUCCUCCUGUCAGAAAUGACUUUGGCUAACUGCCUUUUAUAAAUGUGGGAAAACAAUGGGUGGAAACACCUCGGUCUCCUCAGGAGGGACAUUCAAGUGUUUAACCUGCUAUGAGCGGCAAUGGGGGACAGCGUGGCACAUCCAAAUUAAUCUUAAAUCAACUUGACCUCUUGGGUUUUGCCUUUGGAGUUCUUGAGAUCCAAUUAUCGUAGUCUCCCAGUCCCCACGACUAUAUAUAAGUGAUGUCUACAAGCAAAUUUCUGGUCAUUUUUUAUGUGGGAGCUUCUCAAAAUUAGACAAUAGGCUAUUUCUAGUCAUUCUUAUUUGGGGGUGUGAAAUAAGAAGCACUUAACAAGAUUGGAUCAAUUGCGAGUGAAAUAAAUGAAUAUAUACAUCCUAUCAGGCCUUUUAGGCUUUUACACAUUGUACAGUAUAAUGUGUGUUGCUCAGAAGCCCUUUGUCACAUGGUGCACUAGGCCUUGUUGCUAAAAAUUAUAGCAUUGUUCUGCCCUUGCAGCCUAAGGUCAUACCCAAUGCUAUAUGUGGCAUUUGCCAGAAGGGUAAGGAGUCCAACAAGAAAGGAAAGCCAGAAGCUCUCAUUCACUGCUCACAGUGCAAGAACAGUGGUAAGUGGAACUUCUGUUUGUUUUUUAAUUAAAACUGAAACAAAUCACACUAGCUUGCAUUUACAACAUAGCAUUGUUCAUAAUGAACAUAAAGCUUCUAAAAUAUGAGCAGCAGAACUUUGUUUGAUUAGCCUAGUCGUGAUCACAAAUUGGGAUUAUGCGGUGUGAUUUGGAGUAGUGCUGUGGUGCGAUUGAUGCUCUGUGUGUGUGUGUGUGUGUCCCAGGUCACCCAUCGUGCCUGGAUAUGAGUGAGGAGCUGAUGGGCCUGAUUAAGACCUACCCGUGGCAGUGCAUGGAGUGUAAGACAUGCACGGUGUGUGAGCAGCCCCACCACGAGGAGGAGAUGAUGUUCUGUGACAAGUGUGACCGGGGCUUUCACACCUUUUGCGUGGGCCUGGACUCUAUCCCUCUAGGUGAGCUCUCUCUCUGGGGCUUUUGUAAAUACUUUAAGGAUGCAUCAUUCCUUCUUUCCUUGGUGAAAUCUUUGUGAUGGAAUCAUUGCUUACUCCUAUCAAUAUGUGUGUUAGAUCAGUGUUUACUUCAUGGAAGGAAGGGUGGGUGUGUUUAAAAAAUAUAUAUAUCUGUCUUGCUGUUGCACUCUCGCUCUCUCAUUUUAUCUAAUGUAGUCUCAUAUGGAGUUUUGAGGUGAUUGAAUUUAGCUGGGUUUAUGUGAAAACAGCAGUAUUAAUUUGCUUAGCCAACUGAGCUACUUGUCGGCUUGUGGUGAAUAAUGCUAAAUUGGAAAUCUGUUUUUAGAGUUUUCCAAGACUGUGCAGUCAAGGAGGGUUGUUUGUUACCUCAAUUUGCUAUAAUUAGUGUAGCUGCACAUUAAACAUCAAAGUUCAUGUUUGGAAUGUGGUCAAAGUGAUUUAUAAGUGUUGAAAUCAAAUGUUAUAAAUAGCUGGUUUUUGUCUAGAUGCCUUUUAGUCUGAAGGAUCCCACAAUGCAGUCUAUUUUUUAGCCUUUGGUUUCAUGUGGAUGUACUGUGAUAUGUAACAACAUUGUUUUUUUCUCCUCAGGUUGCUGGGUUUGUGAGUGUUGCAACAAGGAGUUCUCAACGCCCAAGAAAAAAGGAGGAAUAAAAACACCCAAGAAGUCAAAAUCUGCACAAUAAUAGAAUGUGAUUACAGACAAUGAUCAAAUCAACAAGCUAAUCCUCAAUUCUAAAGAUAGUUUUUGAUAGUUUUUGUACUUUUGAUUGUUAAGAUUAAGUUUGGUAAUCCUGUAUAUAUGGAUUUGCUUUGCCUCAAUUGGAUUUGAAAUGUAAUUGCCAUUGAAGUAAAGAUUUUUGCCAGUAAAAGCUUUUUUUAAUAACCCAUGACUGCCCUGAUGUUUCAUUAAAGCACAGAUUAUGUCCCUAAAAUUCCCUUCCUGCCAGUGUCCCC